UCCCACCCUACUAUAAUGAUUAUUAUUUUCCAGGAUUUAUAAGAUCCUGAAAUGUUUUCGUUCAAAGUGUGCUUCGUAUUCAUCAUCAGUCUUCAUGUGACUGUGUUGGCCGGUGACAACACUUACUUAACUUGUUCCGAGAGCGGGCCGCCAUUGGAAGGGAACCAGGGGCCACCUGGGCCAGCGGGGCCGGCCGGUCCCAAAGGUCCGAAAGGGGACACAGGGGUCACUACUGAGCUAGAACACACCGUGCAUAAUUUGGAAAAAAGGUUGCAAAAAGCCGAGAGGGAUAUUGUGGUGAUGACAAAAACGAUUAAUGAAAUUAACAGUCACACUUGCCAAUGCAUGAAAGUUAUUGAUGGAAAAGUUUGGUACGGACCCGGAAACGGUUACCUAUACCUUAUUAUUGGAAGCGGUAUGACGUACGACGAAGCUAAAUCGAAAUGUAGCAAAUACAGAGCUACUCUUGCAGUGCACGGACCCAAGAACAGAGAUAUUAUGAAAAUCCUUAACAAACAGUUGCCGGUAACAACCCAGGAAAAAUAUUGGAUUGGUCUUACCGAUAAACAGGGCGAAGGCAGAUUUGUGUGGGAGGAUGGCUCCUCACUGAAAAGCAGCGAAGCGAAUUGGUAUCCUGGUGAACCGAACGACUUUGAAAAUAAAGAAGAUUGUGUCGGUGGCAAUUUCGCAAACAGUCUUCAAUGGAAUGACUACAAGUGCUCACACGAAGGGUUGUACGCACUUUGCGAACGUCAAGAGUAGACCUUAAUACCAAACAAAUUGAGUGUAUUUGGACAAUUCAAUUUACACAUGUGUUGUAUUCAAAUUAAAAUUGUUGUAUUCUGGUAAUUAAUAAAUAAAUCACGUUGGUAUGAGAA